AUGACGAGGAGGUGGAGGAGGGCUGGGUGCAGUGCGACCUCUGCGAGCGCUGGGUGCACCAGGUCUGCGGCCUCUUCAACAAGGGGCGCAACGAGGACCAGCGCGACUACCACUGCCCCCAGUGCCUGCUCCAUGGCCUGCAGCGCGGCGAGCGCACGGUGCCCACAGAGCGGCCGCAGGCCAUGCUCACGGCCGCCGACCUGCCACGCUGCGAGCUGUCCGACUACAUCGAGGCGCGCCUGGCGCGCACGAUCGCGGAGGAGAGGGCGGCGCGCGCUACGGCGCUGGGGGUGCACCCGUCCACCGUCCCCACCGCCCAUGGGAUCACAGUGCGUGUGGUGA